CCUACCCAAAGGAGCUGCAACAACUCGCCCUUGCUAUGUUCGAAGCCAUACGACAGCAUCACGCAUCUUGGUGCCCAUGACAGCCCCUUCGUACGAACAGCUUUGAACAACUUCAACUCAUUCGGCAACCAAUUCUUCAACACAACCACCUAACUCGACGCCGGCGUCCGAUUACUCUCCACCCAAGUUCACGCCGUAACAUCCCCAACUACCGGCGCGCGCGAAUGGCACCUGUGUCACUCGAUGUGCGCCCUCUUCGAGGUAGGCCUCCUCCGCGACUGGCUCCUCGAGGUCCGCGUAUGGCUAGACACGCACCCCGACGAAGUCGUCACGAUACUAAUCGUAAACAGUGACGCCGCAUCCACGGUCGAGCUCCUCCCCGAGUUCUCAAGCGCAAAAAUCGCACGCUACGCUUACAUCCCCAAAACCGGCGUCGGCGUAACUCCCGCGCCCUCGACUCCCUCUGCCUCUUCCUGGCCCACACUUCAAGAAAUGAUAGACGCGCACCAACGCCUCGUGGUCUUCGUCGCAAACAUCACCCCCGACCCCGUCAUGGCUCCGUACCUCCUUCCCGAGUUCACGUUCGUCUGGGAAACAGAGUUCGAAGUCGUUGGCCUAGAAAACUUCUACUGCCUCCCCGACCGGCCUAGUGGCCUUACUCUCGAGACUGCGAAGAGCUCCGGGCGCUUGUUCCUGCUGAACCACUUCCUGUACUGGAACCAGGCGUUCGGGAUUCAAGUUCCCGACGUCCGCUUUCUCAAUGUCACCAAUUCGAUGUAUGGGGUUGGUAGUUUGAUGGACCACAUGAGAAAUUGCGGACAGCAAUAUACGCAGCUGCCUACGUUUGUGCUGGUUGAUUUCUUUAAUGUGGGGCCGGCGAUUCGGACGGUGGAUGUGGUUAAUGGGGUUACUGACCCUGUGGAGAGGCGAAGCGUGAGUACUGAUGUCUUUGAUAGGCAGUUUGGGACGAUACAUCGGAGUCGGAGGAGGAAGAGGGGGCCGACGAAGGGAAGCUAUGGCACGCUUCUUGCUUUCUGGAGUCUGGUGUUUCUGAGCUGACGUCUGACCUCUAAAGCUCAAGAGUGGGGAACUUUUAGCCGGUGGGACUUCUAGAUUUCUAGGGUUCGUUGAUGCCGUGAGUAAGUUAGCAGGAGGCUGUCAAGAGCGUAAUGACUUGAUGGCUCGAAAAUUCAU